CAGCCGGGGAAGCAAAAUGUAACGGCGCGGAGCGAGCGGGUUCUCCGGCACUCGCCCAGCGGAGAGGAGCGGUACCUGCACCUGCACCUGCGGCGGGGCUGAGCGCCGAGCCGCGGCUCGCCUCGGGCUGGCUUCCCGCUGUCCUCUCGCCCCCGGACACGCCGCCGCGGCCGGUCCCUAGCGAGCGGGGAGCCGAGCGGGGAUGCGGGGCGGCAGCAGCAAUGUGGAUUUAUAUUCGCCUGCGCUGAAGCCGCCGGGGAGAGACGCAAGGGCACCAGCCCUAGAGACUAUGGCUAGCGGCUCCCGCCGGGCUGAGCCGGGGCGCUGCUGAAAGUUCCCACCCAACAACCCCUCGGGCGAGGACCAUUUCUUUAGGGAGUUCCUAUUCCUUAUUUUCAUGACUCUGAGCAUACUUAAUCAGAAAUGGAGCAGAUGGACUGCAAACCCUACCAGCCACUGUCAAAAGUUAAGCAUGAAAUGGAUCUAGCUUAUACAAGUUCUUCAGAUGAAAGUGAAGAUGGGAGAAAACCAAGACAAUCCUAUGACUCCAGAGAAACUCUAAAUGAAUAUAGCCAAGAACGAAGACUGAACUAUAACAGCCAUAGCAGAAAAAGAAAAGCUGAUGACAAAUCCACUCAAGAGAUGGAAUUCUGUGAAAAUCCACACAUCGUGUGCUCUGGCUACCAGACAGAUUUGCAUGGUGUAUCUCAGCAUGGUUACCCAUUGGAGAUGGGUUCAGAUGUGGAUACUGAGACUGAAGGUGGUGCUUCACCACCAGAUCAUGCUCUGAGGAUGUGGAUGACGGGGAUGAAAUCAGAACACAGUUCCUGUUUGUCAAGCCGGGCAAAUUCAGCUUUGUCCCUGACUGACACUGACCAUGAAAGGAAGUCUGAUGGAGAGAAUGAUAUACCGGGCAGCCCACGUAACCAGUUCACAUUCAGACCACUCCCACCCCCUCCACCACCACCACAUGCAUGCACCUGCAGCAGAAAACCACCUCCAACAGCAGAUUCUCUCCAGAAAAGAUCAAUGACCACCCGCAGUCAGCCCAGUCCAGCUGCUCAAACCCCUCCAACCAGUACGCAAGAUUCCGUACAUCUGCAUAACAGCUGGGUCUUGAAUAGUAAUAUACCAUUGGAGACAAGAAGUGAAUGGGAGUUUUGCUGGCCCUCGGCUGUGGAAUUCCCUUCCACCAGAAAUCAGGAUGACCACGUAUCUUGCCACCUACCAAGCGAAAAGCAUUUCCUAUUUAAACAUGGAUCUGGUUCUUCAGCUAUCUUCAGUGCAGCCAGUCAGAACUAUCCUUUAACAUCCAAUACGGUUUACUCUCCACCUCCUAGGCCACUUCCUAGAAGUACAUUUUCUAGACCUGCCUUCACUUUUAACAAACCUUACAGGUGCUGCAACUGGAAGUGCACUGCUCUGAGUGCUACAGCUAUUACAGUUACUCUGGCACUGUUGUUAGCCUAUGUUAUUGCAGUACAUUUAUUUGGCUUAACAUGGCAACUGCAGCCUGUAGAAGGGCAGCUCUAUGAAAACGGAGUCAGCAAAGGAAACAGGGCCACAGAGUCCAUGGAUACCACUUACUCGCCAAUUGGAGGGAAAGUGUCUGAUAAAUCAGAGAAGAAAGUGUUUCAGAAAGGACGGGCCAUAGACACAGGAGAAGUUGACAUUGGAGCACAAGUUAUGCAGACCAUCCCACCAGGUUUAUUCUGGCGUUUUCAGAUUACUAUCCAUCACCCGAUGUACCUGAAGUUUAAUAUUUCACUUGCAAAGGACUCUCUGCUGGGAAUAUAUGGUAGAAGAAACAUUCCUCCCACUCAUACUCAGUUUGAUUUUGUAAAACUGAUGGAUGGAAAACAGUUAAUUAAACAGGAACCAAGGAACUCAGAGGAGUCUCAGCAUGCUCCUAGGAACCUGAUCUUAACAACCCUGCAAGAGACAGGUUUCAUUGAAUAUAUGGAUCAAGGAGCUUGGCACAUGGCAUUUUACAAUGACGGAAAGAAAAUGGAGCAAGUAUUUUUAUUAACAACAGCAAUUGAAAUCAUGGAUGACUGUUCCACUAAUUGCAAUGGGAAUGGAGAGUGUAUCUCAGGUCACUGCCACUGUUUCCCAGGAUUCCUCGGGCCUGACUGUGCAAGAGACUCAUGCCCAAUACUGUGCAAUGGAAAUGGAGAAUAUGAGAAAGGUCACUGUGUAUGUCGCAAUGGAUGGAAAGGCCCAGAGUGUGAUGUUCCGGAAGAACAAUGUAUUGAUCCAACCUGCUUUGGCCAUGGUACUUGCAUCAUGGGAGUAUGUAUUUGUGUCCCAGGAUACAAAGGAGAAAUUUGUGAGGAAGAGGAUUGUUUAGAUCCUAUGUGCUCUGGCCAUGGUGUCUGUGUUCAAGGGGAAUGUCACUGCUCUGCAGGCUGGGGAGGAGUAAACUGUGAGACAUCUCUUCCUGUAUGUCAAGAGCAAUGCUCAGGCCAUGGGACGUUCCUUGUGGAUACCGGCGUCUGUAGCUGUGAGCCUAAGUGGACAGGUUCUGACUGCUCAACAGAAUUAUGCACUAUGGACUGUGGUAGCCAUGGUGUUUGUUCAAGAGGAAUAUGCCAAUGUGAAGAAGGCUGGGUAGGACCAAGCUGUGAGGAACGUACAUGCCACUCUCACUGUGCUGAACAUGGCCAGUGCAAAGAUGGGAAGUGUGAGUGCAGCCCUGGAUGGGAAGGGGAUCAUUGCACCAUUGCUCACUACUUAGAUGCUGUGCGAGAUGGCUGCCCGGGUCUGUGUUAUGGAAAUGGGAGAUGCACUCUUGAUCAGAAUGGAUGGCACUGUGUGUGUCAGGUGGGAUGGAGUGGCACAGGAUGUAACGUUGUCAUGGAAAUGGUGUGUGGGGAUAAUAUGGAUAACGAUGGAGAUGGUUUGACAGACUGUGUAGACCCUGAUUGUUGUCAGCAAAGCAAUUGCUACGCAAGCCCUCUCUGCCAAGGGUCACCUGAUCCCCUUGACCUCAUUCAGCACAGCCAGCCUCCUUUCUCUCAGCAUCCUCCAAGGCUCUUUUAUGAUAGAAUCAAGUUCCUUAUUGGCAAGGAGAGCACUCAUGUAAUCCCUGGAGAUGUCUUAUUUGACAGCAGACGUGCCUGUGUAAUUCGAGGCCAGGUGGUAGCAUUCGAUGGAACAGCUUUGGUAGGAGUGAAUGUCAGUUUCCUACACCGCAGUGAUUACGGAUACACCAUCAGCCGACAGGAUGGAAGUUUUGACCUUGUGGCUAUUGGAGGUAUCUCUGUCACCCUGGUCUUUGACAGAUCUCCUUUCAUUUCUGAGAAAAGGACACUUUGGUUGCCUUGGAAUAGGUUUAUUGUAGUAGAAAAAGUUGUCAUGCAAAGAACAGAGUUGGACCCACCAUCUUGUGACAUCACUAGCUUUAUCAGCCCAAAUCCAAUUGUACUCCCUUCACCUCUGACAACAUUUGGAGGAUCCUGUCCAGAGAGGGGAACGGUCAUUCCAGAGCUCCAGGUGGUCCAGGAGGAAAUCCCAAUUCCUUCUAGCUUUGUGAAGCUCAGUUACCUCAGCAGUCGAACCCCUGGAUAUAAAACCUUGCUCCGCAUUAUUUUGACACAUGCAGCCAUCCCUCCCGGAAUGACAAAAGUACAUCUUACAGUUGCUGUUGAAGGACGGCUAGUUCAGAAGUGGUUUCCUGCUGCUACAAACCUGGUCUACGCUUUUGCCUGGAACAAGACAGACAUUUAUGGACAGAAGGUGUCUGGUCUGGCAGAGGCAACAGUGUCAGUAGGAUACGAAUAUGAAACAUGCCAUGAUUUUAUUCUGUGGGAGAAAAGGACAGCUAUCCUGCAGGGUUUUGAGAUGGAUGCUUCGAAUCUGGGGGGCUGGUCCAUAAACAAACAUCACGUAUUGAAUCCACAGAGUGGGAUCGUACACAAAGGAAAUGGAGAAAACAUGUUCAUUUCCCAGCAGCCACCAGUCAUCUCAACGGUCAUGGGUAACGGACACCAGAGAAGUGUCUCCUGCUCCAACUGCAAUGGUCUUGCUCUCAGCAGCAAACUCUUUGCCCCGGUUGCCUUGGCUUCUGGUCCGGAUGGCAGUGUGUAUAUUGGAGACUUCAAUUUUGUCAGACGCAUCUUUCCCUCGGGAAAUUCCAUUAGCAUUUUAGAAUUAAGGAACAGAGAUACAAGACAUAGCACAAGUCCAGCUCACAAGUACUACCUGGCUGUGGACCCAGAGUCAGAAUCCCUUUACUUGUCAGAUACCAACACCAGGAGAGUCUACAAAGUGAAAUCUCUCAGUGAAACAAAGGAUUUGGCAAAGAACUAUGAUGUCCUGGCAGGGACAGGUGAACAGUGCCUUCCGUUUGAUCAGAGUCACUGUGGAGAUGGUGGGAGGGCAUCAGAAGCUUCCCUCAACAGUCCUAGAGGUAUCACUGUGGAUAAGUAUGGAUUCAUUUACUUUGUUGAUGGUACCAUGAUUCGGAAGAUUGAUGCAAGUGGUGUGAUCACAACAGUAAUAGGUUCAAAUGGUCUUACAUCAACGCAGCCACUGAGCUGUGACUCCGGAAUGGACAUCACUCAGGUGCGGUUAGAGUGGCCAACAGACCUCGCCGUCAACCCUAUAGACAACUCAUUGUAUGUACUGGACAAUAACAUUGUGCUGCAGAUUUCUGAAACUAAGCGUGUGCGAAUUAUUGCGGGUCGCCCUAUUCACUGCCAGGUACCAGGCAUGGAUCAUUUCUUGGUCAGCAAGGUUGCAAUCCAUUCAACCCUGGAAUCAGCUAGAGCAAUCAGUGUAUCUCACAGUGGGACACUGUACAUUGCUGAGACAGAUGAAAGAAAGAUAAACCGCAUACAGCAAGUUACAACCAAUGGUGAGAUCUCCAUAAUUGCUGGAGCCCCAACAGAUUGUGACUGCAAGAUUGACCCCAAUUGUGACUGUUUCUCAGGUGAUGGUGGAUAUGCCAAAGAUGCAAAGCUGAAAGCACCUUCUUCUCUAGCAGUCUCUCCUGAUGACACACUGUACAUAGCAGAUCUUGGCAAUAUUCGCAUCCGUGCAGUCAGUCGAAACAAGGCUCAUCUCAGUGACAUGAAUAUUUAUGAGAUUGCAUCCCCAGCAGACCAGGAAUUGUAUCAGUUUACCACCAAUGGGACCCAUCUUCACACACUUAAUCUGAUAACGAGAGACUAUAUUUACAAUUUCACAUACAAUGGAGAAGGAGACAUUGCCACAAUCACUAACAGCAAUGGGAAUUCAGUUCAUAUUCGCAGAGAUGCUAGUGGGUUGCCUCUGUGGCUAGUGGUGCCUGGAGGCCAGGUGUAUUGGCUAACAAUAAGCAGCAAUGGUGUUCUGAAAAAGGUAUAUGCUCAAAGCUACAGCUUAGCCCUGAUGACAUAUCCUGGCAACACAGGUCUUCUAGCAACCAAAAGUAAUGAGAAUGGAUGGACAACAGUUUAUGAGUAUGACCUUGAAGGCCACCUGACUAAUGCAACAUUUCCAACUGGCGAGGUCAGCAGUUUCCACAGUGAUGUUGAAAAACUAACAAGAGUAGAACUUGAAUCUUCAAACAGAGAAAAUGUGAUCACAGCUACAAACUUCUCAGCUACCUCUACUAUAUACACUUUAAAACAAGACAACACGCAGAAUAUCUAUCGGGUCAGCCCGGAUGGUUCGCUGAGGGUCACAUUUGCCAGCGGAAUGGAGAUCACUCUAAACACAGAGCCCCACAUUCUUGCAGGCGUUGUUAACCCCACUUUGGGAAAGUGCAAUAUCUCAUUACCAGGAGAGCAUAAUUCAAACCUCAUAGAAUGGAGGCAAAGGAAGGAGCAGACCAAAGGCAAUAUCUCAGCAUUUGAGAGAAGGUUACGGGCCCACAACAGAAACCUAUUAUCCAUUGAUUUUGACCACGUAACCAGAACAGGAAAGAUCUAUGAUGACCAUCGAAAAUUCACUCUUCGGAUUCUGUAUGACCAGACGGGACGUCCAAUUCUGUGGUCACCCAUCAGCAAAUAUAAUGAAGUCAACAUUACUUACUCACAUUCAGGAUUAGUGACCUACAUUCAGAGAGGAACAUGGACUGAGAAAAUGGAGUAUGACCCAAGUGGGAAGAUAAUUUCCAGAACAUGGGCAGAUGGUAAAAUAUGGAGUUACACAUACUUAGAAAAGUCUGUGAUGCUCCUCUUGCACAGCCAACGCCGCUACAUUUUUGAAUAUGACCAAUCAGAUUAUCUGCUCUCAGUCACCAUGCCAAGUAUGGUGCGCCAUGGUUUGCAAACCAUGCUUUCAGUUGGGUACUAUCGCAAUAUCUACACCCCACCAGACAGCACUGCUUCUUUCAUACAAGAUUUCACCAGAGAUGGACGACUUUUGCAAAUACUAUAUCCUGGAACAGGUCGCAGGGUCCUUUAUAAAUAUACCAGACAGUCUCGACUAUCAGAGAUUCUUUAUGAUACUACUCAAGUCACAUUUACAUAUGAAGAAUCUUCCGGGGUUAUUAAAACAAUACACUUAAUGCAUGAUGGGUUCAUCUGCACCAUCAGAUACAGACAAACAGGCCCUCUUAUUGGUCGUCAGAUCUUCAGAUUUAGUGAAGAAGGCCUUGUAAAUGCCAGAUUUGACUACAGUUACAACAAUUUCCGGGUCACAAGCAUGCAGGCCAUGAUAAAUGAGACUCCUCUUCCUAUUGAUCUGUACCGAUAUGUUGAUGUAUCUGGAAGAACUGAACAAUUUGGAAAAUUCAGUGUAAUCAAUUAUGACUUAAACCAAGUUAUAACUACCACAGUGAUGAAACACACCAAGAUUUUUAGUGCCAAUGGUCAGGUGAUUGAAGUGCAAUAUGAAAUUCUUAAGUCCAUAGCCUAUUGGAUGACCAUUCAGUAUGAUAAUAUGGGUCGUAUGGUGAUAUGUGAUAUACGAGUAGGAGUAGAUGCCAACAUAACAAGGUAUUUUUAUGAGUAUGAUGCUGAUGGUCAACUUCAAACUGUCUCUGUGAAUGACAAAACCCAGUGGCGUUAUAGUUAUGACCUGAAUGGAAACAUCAACUUGCUUAGUCAUGGAAACAGUGCCCGUCUCACGCCUCUGAGAUAUGAUCUUAGAGAUCGCAUCACUAGACUAGGAGAAAUUCAGUACAAAAUGGAUGAAGAUGGUUUUCUUAGACAAAGAGGCAAUGAAAUAUUUGAGUAUAACUCGAAUGGUCUCCUUAACAAAGCCUACAACAAAGUGUCUGGUUGGACUGUGCAAUACUGUUAUGAUGGGCUUGGACGACGCGUUGCAAGUAAAUCGAGUCUAGGACAACACCUACAGUUCUUUUAUGCUGAUCUCUCCAAUCCAAUAAGAGUUACUCAUUUAUACAAUCAUACUAGCUCAGAAAUAACUUCCCUGUAUUAUGAUCUUCAAGGCCAUCUCAUUGCUAUGGAGUUAAGCAGUGGAGAAGAAUAUUAUGUUGCUUGUGACAACACCGGCACACCCCUAGCUAUCUUUAGCAGUCGGGGCCAAGUAAUAAAAGAAAUUCUGUACACACCUUAUGGAGAUAUCUACCAGGACACUUAUCCAGAUUUUCAGGUUAUCAUUGGUUUUCAUGGAGGGCUCUAUGAUUCUCUUACUAAAUUAGUGCACUUGGGUCAAAGGGAUUACGACGUCAUUGCUGGACGAUGGACAACGCCAAAUCAUCAUGUGUGGAAACAUCUAAACACCAUUCCCAAACCAUUUAAUCUUUACUCAUUUGAAAAUAACUAUCCAGUUGGCAGAAUCCAAGAUGUUGCUAAGUAUACGACAGACAUUGGAAGUUGGCUAGAGCUGUUCGGUUUCCAGCUACACAAUGUGCUUCCUGGAUUUCCAAAACCAGAGAUAGAAACUGUGGAGACAACAUAUGAACUUCUACAGCUUCAAACAAAAACCCAAGAGUGGGAUCCUGGAAAGACUAUCCUUGGCAUUCAGUGUGAGCUGCAAAAACAACUUAGGAACUUUAUAUCCUUGGACCAACUUCCUAUGACCCCCAGAUACAGUGACGGGAGGUGUCUUGAAGGAGGAAAACAACCCAGGUUUGCAGCCAUUCCUUCUGUUUUUGGAAAAGGUAUCAAAUUUGCCAUUAAGGAUGGGAUAGUGACUGCUGAUAUUAUAGGAGUAGCAAAUGAGGAUAGCCGGCGCAUUGCCACCAUCCUCAACAAUGCUCACUAUCUUGAGAACCUGCAUUUUACCAUAGAAGGGCGAGAUACACACUACUUCAUCAAGCUGGGGUCUUUGGAAGAAGACUUGGCUCUAAUAGGCAACACAGGAGGCCGGCGCAUUUUGGAGAAUGGUGUUAAUGUCACUGUGUCUCAGAUGACUUCUGUGAUAAAUGGGAGGACUAGACGGUUUGCUGAUAUACAGCUCCAACAUGGUGCUUUGUGCUUUAAUGUUCGAUAUGGGACAACCAUUGAAGAAGAAAAGAACCAUGUCUUAGAAAUAGCCAGGCAGAGGGCAGUAGCUCAGGCCUGGACUAAGGAACAAAGACGGCUGCAAGAAGGUGAAGAAGGCAUUAGGGCAUGGACAGAGGGAGAAAAACAGCAGCUUUUAAGCACUGGGAGGGUACAAGGCUACGAUGGAUAUUUUGUUUUAUCUGUGGAGCAGUAUCUAGAACUUUCUGACAGUGCCAACAAUAUUCACUUUAUGAGACAGAGUGAAAUAGGCAGGAGGUAACAAAGAAAACCUCUGCCUUUGCGUCACCAAAGACUGCCUGUUUUAAACAUAAAAUGGUUUA